AUGACACAUGGGUACAUGUACUUCUGGUAUCAAGCAAUAGAAAGGAAUAACGGUAAAAUACUGCAGGUGAAAAAGAGGUUACUAGUCUCAGUCAACAAUCACGGCAUCUCUAUGACCGACGUCAAUGAGACAUGGAAAACGGAGGAUUCGGAUCUCAUGAAGUGGUUAGAGAACGAAUGUUUCCACUGGGAGACUCAGAAGAGAUGCCAAGCAUUCCUCAAUAUGUCGACUGGAGCGCGAACUUCACUCGUACGUGAAGAACGUCGCUGUUUCGCCUGCUUAAAUCACGCUCACCGAAUGGCCAAGUACAGCCAGAAGACAAGGUGCAGCAUAGAUGGCUGCUAUAGCUUCCACUCGAAUCUCCUGCACUUCUCGAGAAAUUCUAUGCGCAAUAACACGCCAAACCAGGACGAACCAUCAAGAAAGGAACUCUUAGCCAGUUUUCAAGGGAUGAAAAGAGCUUCCACCAUGGAUGCACACCAGUCAGAAGUGUCGCCAGACCACAAGAGGCAUAAGCUAGGUGAUGUCAACUCAAGGCCAUCAUAUCGGCACCAAAAUCAACGACCAGAGGAGCUAGGCCAUGGAAACCCGAAUCAAGCUCGAGAGUUACGGAGAAAAGGGCCGGAAACAGGCAGCAACUGGUCUUACUGCACCGAGAGCCUAGCUAAUCAACUACGAAUAACAGGGAAGUCUGUUUCAAUCUCCAUAGCCACGAUCCUGAAGGAGACGAAAAGCGUGAAGGCCAAAGAGAUUGAUCUGAAAGUGAAUAGCAUCGGAAUGAGAAGAAGUCGAUCCAUUAACAUUCCCAGAAUCCUCGUUAUUAAAGACCUGCCUUCUUCAUUGGAAGCAUCGGUUGCGGACAUCAGAGCUGUUGCCAAGUGGAGGCACCACCAAGGAACCACACUACUCCAUGCACCGGAAAGAGUGGAUCUCCUGAUAGGGUUAGAUGUACCACAAGCCCCUAACACCGUUAGAAAAAAGCCGCUGAGGCUAGAGACACGUUCAGAGAAACAGGUCCGGGCUUACAAGUACCCCUCAGCCUACUGCAAUGAAAACCCCAUUUCUGUUGAAGACAGAAGAGUCCUGGUGCUGCAGUCAACUUCAGUGGCGAGGGUGGACGGGCACUAUCAACUUCCCAUACCGUUCCGCCAUGAAGAACCGGUAAAACUGGCUGAGCAGCGGUUAGCGAGCUUGAAGAAACGUCUCCUGAAAGACCCAGACCUCCGUCAAAGAUAUCGAGAAGAGAUGCAAAACCUGAUCAACAAGGGACAUGCUGAGAGAGUCCCACACCAUGAGCUUACCAUUGUGCCGGGAAAAACCUGGUAUCUCCCACAUCACCCAGUAUUGAACCAAAAUAAGCCCGGGAAAUUGAGAAUAGUCUUUGACUGUGCAGCAAUGUAUGAGUCAGUGUCCCUGAACAGCCAAGUGAUGCAAGGGCCAGACCUCAACAACAAAUUGGUGGGAGUCCUGCUUAGGUUCCAUCAAGAAAGGGUGGCACUCAUGGCUGAUAUCAAGGCUAUGUUCCACCAGGUACGAGUACUGCCUGAGCAUCGAGACGCCCUGCGCUUCUUGUGGUGGACAGACGACCAACUAGCGGGAGACCCGGUCACUUACCGAAUAAAGGUAGUGGAGCCCAUCAUUAGCAUCACCAGGGAAGGCGGCGAUAGUCACUCACCAAUUGAGGCAGUUGAUGAAGAAAGGCGGGUUCAGACUUGCAAAAUGGAUAUGCAACCACAAAGGGGUCUUCAGAACAGUACCACAAACGGAAAGAGCCAUGGAAGUGAAAGAAGAAUCAUCGCUCCGAGCACCAUACGAGCCAAAAUCAUAUUCCAGGACGAGUGCAGGCGAGGCAUCGGGUGGGAUGAGCAAAUGACCGAACAUAACAGAGCCGCUUGGCAGCAGUGGCUAAAUGAUCUUCCCCACUUGUCUCAAGUACGUAUCCCUCGAUGUUACCACCCUGAAUGUGCAAAUCCAAUAACUACGGUACAACUGCACCACUUCUGCAACGCCUCCCAGCAAGCAUACGGGGCUGUAUACUACCUCAGGAUCACAAGUGGAGACAGAGCCCACUGUACCUCCUUUGUGUGUGGCAGAGCCAAGCUACCUUCUCUGAAACAGCAAACCAUACCUCGGCUCGAGCUAUGUGUGGCAGUGUUGGCGGCCAAAGCAGACAAACAACUGAGAGAAGAACUAGAGUUGCACAUCGACAGAUCAGUGUUCUGGACAGACAGCACGGUCACCCUUCAAUACAUACGAAACACUGAACGGCGCUUCCAUACCUUUGUGGCAAACCGAAUUGCAACGAUACAUGAGAAUUCCGAAACAGAACAAUGGCGACACGUAAGCUCCAACCAAAUCCCAGCUGAUGAUGCCAGCCGUGGCCUGCAUGGGGCAGAAUUGAACAAGGACUGCAGAUAG